ACUACAUGUUUCACUGAACUGUUUCUGAUAACUGACCCACUGGCCAGUGGAAAUGGCAGAGGACAGGACUUUUUCCUACAGCCUUAUUGUCCUGGGAUUCUUCCUUAUAAUGGUUGGAAUGUUCAUUAUGAACGUGGAUAAGCCUGGAGUCUAUGGCACCUUCUGUUCCAUUGGGAUCGUGAUGAUCAUUGGGGGGAUUAUCUGGGCCAUUUGUCAGUGUUAUCCACAGAUUAAGUUUGUCCCGGCCAUCUCAUCAGAAACCAAGCACUUGUUCCCAAAGCAUCAAAUUCCAACCUCAAUGUUGGAAAGUGAAGUACCUCUGAAAACAAGCUCCCAGACUCCAUAUACCUCCUGUGAUCAGGCCACACAGUAUGAGCAAACUCUUCAUAACGAUGAGAACCACCUCACAGUGGGCAGUGACCUCCCAGGUGUGCACUCCCCUCUCACCUCACUCCAACCAGAACAGCUGGACGGAGAGGGUCACUCAUCCCUGAAGGCAGAAGUUCUGGUCCACAGAGACUCUGGGAACGAAGGAGAAACGUGCUCCAUCUGGAAUGACAUAACAGUUUCUGAUGGAAAAAAUACAGGAGGGUUCACAACAGCUCCACUUGCCACCUUCCAAGAGGACAACGGAAUGGUCAGCUCAUCUUCCUCGAACAACUUGUUCCUUCUCGGCUGCAAGUCAUCUUGUUCCAGAGGCGAAGGACAGAGCCACCCAACUCGGAGCGCAAGUGCCACCUGUGACAGCCCGAGUCUGCGUACCCAGCCAACUGCCAGUGUCUCUGGGAGUAACCAGAGAGAUGUCGCAAGCACUGAGCGAUCAACACCCGAGGAGAGUCAGAAAAGAGGGGGCCAUAUGGAAGAUGAAAUGUUUUAUGGGAUAUGCGAUGAAAGGAAUCACAUUUUUGAGGAAUUUGAACAAGAAGUACACUGCACUGAAAUUCCCAUGUAAAGUACACAUCGACUUCUGUUAUUUAUUAAUUCUUGAAGUUUUAAACAAAUAUCCCCUCCACCUGAAAAUGUAAGAAAUUUCAGGGAUUUUUUCAAAACAUCUUCAGAAUUCUCUGUUGGCGAUACAUAUUAUAACGUUACAUUUCGCAAUAAGAAUUUGCCUUGCAAAAUGUUGAUGUUGUGCAAUGUACUGACUGAUCAGAUUUGAUUGUGAUUAAACAGAAUAUAUUAGUUUUUUGUAACAGAUGCACAUCAUGUUUGCAUAAGGAAGUGAGGAAAAAAAUCAUAAUAGUAAAA